GCAUCCAGCAAAGCAGGCGAGAGAGCGAGUGAGUGAGUGAGUGAGUGAUAGAUAGAGGGAGGUCGGGGGGAUUAAACAGAAUGAAGAGAGGGAGUAAGGGGGGAAGAGUGAUAUUCAGCUCACCUUGACCAGAUCUGCAAGGGGCUGACGGCCGGGCUCCCGAUACUUUUCUUCAAGGGGUUUGCAAAGCAAGACUCGAUAUGACUGAGAUGCUUUUGUUUUUCGUUUUAACUACUUCGAGGAGAAAAAUGACCACGCGGAGACACUUAAGAAGUAACCAUUUUUAAGAAUGAUGGAACCACUGCAGUUUAGGGGGACCUUGAUAAAUUGAUUUUUAUUAAAACACUGAUCAACUUUUUCUCACCCUUUUCGACUGAGGAUAAACUGUUUAAAAUGCAGGACUGGAACAGGGGCAAGUGGUGGGAGAAGUAGCUGCGAUCUGACCUAAAACUGCGGAUCUCUGGGGAGGAAGGGCAAAUGAACGAAAGACAGACACUUUGUUUAAGAUUAUUUCGAGAGGUUCUGGGGACGCGUUGCCCUUUUUCUUUUCGGCUCGUUGCGUUUCCAGCCCUUCACGAAACUCGAGGGGGCUGAACAGAUCCAUGAGCCCCGCCCCUAGCAGGCUGUCAGGUAAUCAACGGUUUUUAAGAAAGUCCGAACUUGUGGGAUGUUCCGUAGAUGAAGCCACAAUGCACUUUUAAUUUUCGUCUCCGAGUGAGAAGAAAAACUGUCCUGUUUCACCUUCAGCGUAUAUUUUAUCCUCUCUCAUCUGUUACUUCCAUCACCUAUUCCCUUGACUUUAAACAGUCGGAGGGGUAAAAUGCAUUAUACCUGUCUCCCUUGAGAACGUCAGAGAUAAAUCUUUAAAUAUUAAUCCAAGGGAAGAGGCUGUUUUUUCCCCCUUUCUCCUACCCGCCUAUCACACUACACGCUACAGCUUAAGAGGCACUAAAGUAAUCUCGCAGUCUGCGGAGCUCAGUUCGAAACUUGAGAUCCGCAAGCCGGACGCCCGGAGCUCUGCUUUCUUUUAUCCCGGGCGCCUCGGUCUUUGCCAUCUGUAGCUUUUUUUUUCGUUUUUUGGAUUUUUCAUUUCUUUCUUUCUUAUUUUUUUAAACUUUUACUCGUUGGGAGCUUGUCGAAACCUUAUAAGAAAAACCUUUCAAGAUGAGUCGGUGCCAAAGACGAUGUAAACGACAGCUGACCAAAGUAGCCCGUUACUUUUAUCGCUUCGUCACAGGAACUCUCUCCCAAGACAGCAUUGAAGAUGAUUUUGAGCUGUCCACUGUCUGCCAUCGGCCAGAGGGACUUGACAAGCUUCAGGAACAAACUAAAUUCACCAAGAAGGAGUUACAAGUUCUAUAUCGUGGUUUUAAAAAUGAGUGCCCCAGCGGUGUUGUCAACGAGGACACUUUCAAGCUGAUUUACUCACAGUUUUUCCCCCAAGGAGAUUCCAGUACAUAUGCCCAUUUCUUAUUUGAAGCCUUUGACACUGACAAAAACGGAUCAGUCAGCUUUGAGGAUUUUGUUAUGGGUUUGUCCAUCAUUCUCAGAGGCACAAUUAAUGAUCGUCUAAACUGGGCCUUCAAUCUCUACGAUCUUAACAAAGAUGGCUGCAUCACUAAAGAGGAGAUGAUGGACAUAAUGAAAUCCAUCUAUGACAUGAUGGGCAAAUACACUUACCCCUCCAUGCAAGAUGAUGCCCCACGAGAGCAUGUGGAGUCCUUCUUUCAGAAAAUGGACAGAAAUAAUGACGGAGUUGUUACAAUUGAAGAGUUUAUUGAAUCAUGUCAAAAGGAUGAAAACAUUAUGAGAUCCAUGCAGCUGUUUGACAACGUCAUCUAAACGUAUUGUCCCACCAAGCCAGGACCUCUGCUCUGAGACGCUUCAGCCAUCUGUUUCAGCUGUUUUCCUGGCUGCAGAGACAUAUUGUGCUUUUGAUUCUCUAUACACAAGAGACACUUGAAGUGAUAAUCUAUUAGAACAUUGAACUGUAACCCAGACACUGAAUGGCAAACAGUCGGAUGAAAUGGUCUGCAAAACACCUCAGAGAAUUCAGAACGAACGAGCACUUCAAAAAUAUAUAUAAAUAUAUUCAAGUCUCGUAUACGACUAGAGAUGUGACGUGAAUGCACAAUAGAUGACAAUGCUGUAUCUUCCAGUAAUGGAUUUCUUUUAGAUAGCAUGAAACUACUAGACACACUCUAGCGACCUUCCCAAGUACUUUUCAAAACUCCUCCCCAGAACUCCCAGUUGUGCUCCGUGUAUAUGUAUGAAUGUCACGGCCCACCUUCAGGACUUGACUGAACACUUUGAUCUUACUUGUGCCAGGUCCGCUUACUUUUACACACUUGUGGUGGCAACCUGAAACACCAACUGCAACGCUGAUCUUUUUAUUACGUUCAGGACGGAGAGACUGUAUGCCUUUCACUGUGAGAGGUGGAGCAAGAGAACUCAGAAAUCCUCACCCCAAUUUGUUUGGUGAAAAAGCAUGUCUGUUCUUCACUUACUGACCCUUUAAAAGUAAAACUCUGAUGCUAACCAGGCACAAAAAGGUGCUUUUGUUAAAGAUGGUAAGUAUGAAAAAGCCAGGAUAAAUUCAUCUUCUGUCUGCUAAACAGUAACUAAGCCAAGCUACCCAAAAUCUAGCUCUUCAGUCUCGUCUGCCACAGGCGCUCUAUACUGUUAUGCUAUAACAUAAAGAUGUAGCCAUUGAAAUAGUUGUUGCUCUGAUUUAAAAAAAAAACAAAAAAACAGGAAAUACAGACCACUGCAUUUUUACAACUAACACAGCUCAAGCAAUGCAAUGACAUAUAAAAACUGUAGGGACUGAGUUGGCCUGCCUUAUGAUAACACCCAUGAAGACAGCUCCCUCUGUGGUUCAAGAUGUCUUGUGAGGUCUGUGGUGGAGCUGGCCAAAGGGAUGUCUAAAGAGAUUGCAGCUAGGGUUAAGAAAGUCUGGUCUGACUAAUUCUACCACAUACUAACAGGAUGCUUCGGCAUGGUGAAACUUCAUUUAUUUAACAAUUUACACAUAUGACUUUUUUCCCCCACCAGAGAUGACCUGAAUCUAGAGUACAAAGUCAUGUCCCAUGGUUUUUUUGUCCCCCCCCGAAGCCUCCCCCCCCCCCCCCCCCCCCCCUCCCCUCUUAUUUAACCUUUACAUGGCACCAGUUUGUGACAAGGACUACAUCAUAGCUCUUCAUAAAGCAAUUGCUGAUGAAGUUUUAAAAUAAAAAAAAGAUUUAAUAAUCUUCAGCACAGGACAGACAGCAAAACAUUCUGAACUGCUACAUUCCAUCCAUGCACUAAUUACUGGACCUGCUAAAUCCAGGUCAGGGUCAUAGAAGCCUUUCCGAGCAGCCCUUAGUGCUUAAUAGAAACCAAACUAGGACAUAAAAGUAGUCCAUCAGAAGUGCAUUCAACCACAGUGCCACACUCAUUCAGGUGGCGUGUAGAGUUCUCAGUUUUCCUGUUAUGCACACCUUUGUGAUGUGGGAUGAAAACCAGAAUAUGGGAAAAUGCUGGAACAGGAGGAGAGCAUGCAAACUCCACCAUGAUUGUGACUUGACAAGGAUUUCAAUUGUGAAAUCUGGCACGACAGACUGUUAGGUUAACCUCCAUACAUUUCCUGAAACAAUCAAAUUCAAGGUCACAGAGAGCUUAAAACGGUCUUCACAUGACUGAGCGCAAGGCAGGAGAAAACCUGGACAAGGCAUCGGCAUACAAAAGGGCACAAUCUCUCACACCAGUCAGUCAGUUAACCUAAGCCCACACUGACAGGAGAAGCCAUGUCAGCUCCACAUAAAGAGUGAAUGCACCAGGAGAUCAUCACAGGAUUUUGGAGCUGUGAAGCUUGAUGAUGGUAAUAAUGAGUUACAUUUAUAUUAUAAAUGAAAUGUAUACAGUAUACCGAUACACUGCCUGGCCAAAAAAAAAAAAAAAAAAAUUCACCAUUUGAAUUUAAAUGCUGUAA